UAGUUCUGCAGUGGGACUCGUCCCUGACGUCACUGUAAACAAAUAUGGCGGACCACUGGUCGCUCUGUAGUUAGCUGGUUUAACAACUGUAGUUAAAAUGCUGCGCAUGAACAAAUGUGUGUGUUUUUUAACAGACGGAACUCUGCGUCUCUUUAGUUCCUGUCGGACACGCGUGGUGGGACACCAUCAGUUGUUCAGAGCGGACAAUUAGCUCUGCUAUCUUAGCUAGUAGGUUACCAAGGCAACGUUAGCUAACAGUAGCUAGCUGUUAGCUCCCCUCAGAGGCUGUCGCUAUAGAAAUUAAUGUUUACUGACAACAGGUUGUUUCUUUACGGUUGUCUCACACCUCGAAUCAAAGUAUACGGUUAUAAUAUUUAAAUCAUUUAACAUAUGGUUGUGUAGCUUUCUUAAUUAUUGAGCAAAUAAGCGCAACAUCGGUGAAAUGAUAGAUUUAUUAACGGAGUUCGUGUUUUGCUUCAGUUCCUCUGAUUUUCAGCUUUUUCUAGUAAACCGGAAGCAACAAGAAAAACCCUGACUGGUGUUUUUUACCUCAGAAACAAUCAUUCUGCUAAAAGUUCCUCCUGAUGGUCAGAACAAACCCUGAAGGACUGAACACAGCUUAAAUUAGGAAAUAUUUGAUUUAACAAGACCACAGAUCAGACACUCAGUGUUGACACAGUUCAGUCAGGACUGGAUAAAAAGUCACACCUGUAGUCCAGGUUCAACGCUCAGACCUGUAGUCCAGGUUCAACACUCAGACCUGUAGUCCAGGUUCAACGCUCAGACCUGUAGUCCAGGUUCAACGCUCAGACCUGUAGUCCAGGUUGAUGCAGUGACCGUGAGAACAUGGAGCAGUACAGUAUUCUGGGUCGGAUCGGAGAAGGAGCUCACGGCAUCGUCUUCAAGGCCAAACACAUCGAGACAGGAGAGACGGUGGCUCUGAAGAAAGUGGCUCUGAGGCGUCUGGAGGACGGCAUCCCCAACCAGGCUCUGAGGGAGAUCAAGGCCCUGCAGGAGAUCGAGGACAACCAACAUGUGGUGAAGCUGAAGGAUGUCUUCCCUCACGGGACGGGCUUCGUCCUGGUCUUUGACUUCAUGCUCUCCGACCUCUCUGAGGUCAUCAGGAACUCUCAGCGACCUUUGACCCCGGCUCAGGUCAAAGGUUACAUGAUGAUGCUGCUAAAGGGCGUGGCCUUCCUGCAUCACAACAACAUCAUGCACCGGGACCUGAAGCCAGCGAACCUCCUCAUCAGCUCUUCAGGUCACCUUAAGAUCGCAGACUUUGGUUUGGCCAGACUGUUCAGUGAGCAGGGAGAGAGACUGUACAGCCACCAGGUGGCCACCAGGUGGUACAGAGCUCCUGAGCUGCUGUACGGGGCCAGAAAGUACGACGAGGGAGUCGACCUGUGGGCGGUGGGCUGUAUUUUCGGGGAGCUGUUGAACUCGUCUCCUCUGUUUCCUGGAGAAAACGACAUUGAACAGCUCUGCUGCGUCCUCAGAGUGCUGGGAACUCCAACACAGGACAGCUGGCCUGAGAUCGUUGAGCUGCCAGAUUACAAUAAAAUCACCUUUAAGGAGAAUCCAGCCAUCCCAUUGGAGGAGAUCGUCCCUGACACGUCUCCUCAGGCCGUCGACCUGCUCUACAAGUUCCUGGUUUAUCCGUCCAAACAGCGCUGCUCCGCCAGGCAGGCUCUCCUCCAUCCGUACUUCUUCUCCUCUCCUCUUCCUGCUCACCACUCAGAGCUGCCCAUUCCUCAGAGGGGGGGCCGACCCCCCCGUCAGCGGCUGCAGGCUCCGCCCACUGACUUCUCAGUGGACCUGCCCCUGCAGAACAGUGUGGUAGACCCUGCGCUGCUGCAGAGACACGCCUCCUGCCUCUGAACAGACGACUGACCGACCAAUCAGCUUCCUACGUCAGUGUUGAUGUUUACAAACGUUUUUAUAUUUAUUUUUAUUUAUUUUUUUGUUUUGUCUUGUUGACGUGUUUUUCGUCAGUCUCACCUGCUGAUGCUCUCCGACAGGAAGUGAACCUUCACGUUUCCUCUUUACUCAGAUCUACAUCAACAUAUUACUGCAGUGAAACAACACAAUAUGAAUUA